AUGGAGUUCAUUCGCAGAUUUGGGCUUCUGGCGAUUUCACAGCCCUGGAGGAGAGCUCCAAGGAGGCUGUUAGUGUCGCACUACUGGCGGAAUGCUCGUCGAAACUCCACAGUGCCGCCACUGCCCGGCUCGUCCAGCAUUGUACUCCGCGAUUACCAGGAAGAGUGCAUACAAUCGGUGCUCAACUACCUCGACGAGGGUCACCGGCGCCUUGGGAUAUCUCUAGCAACUGGAGCUGGAAAGACAGUCAUCUUCACACAGCUUAUCAGCCGGAUUCCACCACGCGAUGCGGAAGCUACGAAGACUAUGAUUAUCGUCCACCGGCGCGAACUCGUCGAACAAGCUGCGAAACAUUGCCGCCUAGCAUACCCGGAUAAGAUUGUGGAGAUUGAAAUGGGAAACAAUGUUGCGACAGGACAUGGAGAUAUUAUCAUUGCAUCCGUGCAGACACUUGCCCGAGGCCGCAUUCACAAGUUCGACCCGAAGCUCUUCAAGUUGAUCCUUGUGGAUGAAGCACAUCAUAUCGUUGCACGAUCGUACCGUGAAGCGCUGGGCCAUUUUGGACUCAAUGAGCCAUCUCCAAAUGCACCAGUUCUUGUUGGUGUCUCGGCUACUUUUGCGCGAUUCGACGGGCUGAAACUCGGCGCCGCAAUCGAUCACAUUGUCUACCACAAAGAUUACGUGGACAUGAUUGGUGAAAAAUGGCUGGCCAAUGCAGUAUUCACGACCGUGAAAUCCGAGGCGAAUCUCUCAAAUGUCAAAAAGGACAAGUUUGGCGAUUUUGCUCUGGGCUCGCUUUCCGAGGCGGUUAACACUGCGAAUACCAACAACAUCACCGUGCGUGCCUGGAUGGCUAAUGCCGAAGGUCGGAAGUCUACACUUGUCUUUUGUGUGGACGUCGAGCAUGCCAAACAACUGACCGCAACGUUUCGGGAACACGGCGUUGAUGCUCGGUACAUAACUGCCACCACUCAUAAGAAUGUACGCUCCGAGCAGCUGGAGGCGUUCAAAAAGCAAGAGUUUCCUGUGCUUCUGAAUUGUGGUCUGUUUACUGAAGGCACGGAUAUCCCCAACAUUGAUUGCGUACUCUUGGCGCGUCCGACCAGAUCCAGGAAUUUGCUUAUUCAGAUGAUUGGACGUGGACUGCGUCUGUUCCCCGGAAAAGAAGACUGUCAUAUCAUUGACAUGGUUGCUUCAUUGGCAACGGGUGUCUUGUCAACACCAACAUUGUUUGGACUCCACCCCGACGAAGUAUUGAACCAGUCUUCUGUGGAAGAUAUUCGAGAAGGGCGUGCGGAAGAUAAGCUGCUCAAGCCAUCAGAAGACCCAGUGGCAGGCCAGGAGGGUGAUGGUGAUGUCAAUAUCCAGUUCACCAAAUACGACAGCAUCUACGACCUGCUAGAUGACACACGCUCUGAGAAACACAUCCGUUCUCUCAGUCCAAACUCCUGGGUCCGAGUUGAUGAUCAAAAAUACCUUUUGUCAGAAUCUUCAGGCUGGCUAACCCUGGAGAAAGAAGAAGACAUGUACAACGUGUAUCACGUCAUGAAAUUCACCAACCCAAUGACCGAGACACCACAAUUCACACGUCCCCGACGAAUCGCUUCAGGAACAGACCUUGAAACAGCCGUCCGUGCUGCUGACACCUACGCCAGUAGCAAAUUUGACGAGCGAUACAUUGCAUCAUGGAAGCCCUGGAGGCAGAAUCCGGCCACAUCUGGACAAAUUCAGUUAUUGAACAAAGCUCGCAUCCGGGAAGGUAAACUACGACCUGGGGAUCUGACGAGGGGCCAAGCGGCCGAUAUGAUCACAAAACUGAAGUUUGGGGGCAAGAAGCGAUUUAAGAGUAUUGAAGUUCAAAAACGCAAGGCUGAGCGGAAAGAAAAGGCCAUGAAUGAAUUCGAUGAGCUGCGCAGGAGGACUAAUGUCAAGGUUGGGCCUGUGGAAGGCUGA